AUGACGUCCUCAGUCGACAUGUCCAACGUGGUCAUGAUAAUCAAGACCAUGACAAACGCGCAAAUGAAGGAAGCUUUGAGAAGUGAGGGCCUUGCUGUUUCUGGUGUAAAAAUCUCCCUUCAGUUGCGGCUCAUUGAAUAUCUUGAGAGAAUGCACCAACGUGGCUCUAUUGAUGAUUAUGAACGUAUCGCAAGAACCCUUUACACCAUAGCUGGGAUUCAGAACCAAUUCCCCAGUUCUACAACCACGGAUACAACAACAUAUCCUGCUCAGCCAUCUUACGUCCCCUCGAGACCCACGUCUAAAGACGUCUACAACUCAAAAAUGCCCACACAACCAUUCACGAGUGGGCGCCUCACAUUCAAGGAGAGUCCAUUCUACAAGAUUAUUGAACCACUGUCUCCAACGGUGGAAUGCAAAGUUCGAGAACAGACCAGAGACACCGUCGAGCUCAAAUUCACCUUGAACUCCAGCACGGCGCAAAAGCUCCAAGAAGACCCUAAUCUGCGCGUCAUGGUCUUUUGCGCAGCUGAUUCUGGCCUCAAUCAAUUCUCCAAAUCCGACAUCGCCUUCCCGUAUCAAGUCGAGCUGAAGGCCAAUCUAGACGAUGUCAAGGCAAAUUUACGAGGUCUCAAAAACCGACCAGGCUCGACGAGGCCUGCUGACAUCACGAGCUACAUUCGUAAGAGGGCGGGGUAUACGAAUUUGGUCGCCAUGACAUUUGCCCUGACUCAAAAGAAAUUCUAUGUUCUCGUCAAUCUCGUGCAACGACACCCUGUUGAAGAAUUGGUAGCCGCACUAAAGGCAAGGAAUAGGAUCACAAAAGAUCAAGUGCUACGCGAAAUGCGGAGUCGAGCGCAUGAUGCCGACAUUGUCGCCACCUCUACAGUCAUGUCACUGAAAUGUCCUUUAUCCACCUUACGCAUUCAAAUUCCCUGCAGAUCAAUUAGCUGUACACACAAUCAGUGCUUCGAUGCAUCGUCCUUCCUUCAGUUGCAAGAACAAGCUCCCACAUGGACUUGCCCAGUAUGCAACAAGUCCACGAGCUUCGAGUCGUUACAAAUUGACCAAUAUGUGGAGGACAUAUUACACUCUACAUCUACGGAUUUAGAGCAAGUGACAAUUGAGCCCAACGGGGUCUGGCACAUUGAUAAACAAGAAGAGCCCGAAAAACGCGUCCAAGCAAGCCCCGAUUCUGAUGACGACUUUCUCGAAAUCACAGAUCUAUUCACACCAAAACUAAAACGAGAAGCAACUUCCUCAGAACCCCGGGCUACCCUACUUGCGACACCAGUCACCGCUACACAGAACGGCUCSAAUGGGACGACACCUAGCAUACCACGGUCUAGUCAGAAAAGGCCAGCACCGGAAGUCGUUGAUUUGACUCUAAGUGACGACGAUGACGAUGACGAUCUACCCGUUCGGCCACCGAAACGCCAGGCGCUUGCCAGCGACUUUGAACCUCGUCGUGGUUCUCAGCAAGCAAUCAUCAACGGCUACGGCCAUGUCGAAGAUCUAAGAUCCUCGACUGGUCAAGAGUCGCUUUCUCUCUCGCCAGGACGACAAUCAAAUAUCUACAUUGAUCUGUAA